AGCCGCUGCCCGGGGGCCGGCAGAAGCGGGGCGGCCCUGCUGGCCCCCCCCCCCCCCCCCCCCCCCCCCAAAACCCCCCCCCCCCCAGCGCCAUGAACCCCGAGAUGGCGCUGGAGCCGCUGGGCAGCCUGCACGGCGCGGCCGGCCAUGAGCCGGAGCUGAUGGGCAGCCCCAGCCCGCACCCCCACGGCGGCCGCAGCGCCGGGCCGCUCCGGGGCCCCCCCCCCCCCGCCGCCGCCGCCCCCCGAGCUGCCCGCGCCCCCGGCGCCCGGCCGGCCGUGGUGUCCGGGAUGGCCUCGCUGCUGGACGGCGCCGCCGAGUACCGGCCCGAGCUCUCCAUCCCGCUGCACCACGCCAUGAGCGUGCCCUGCGAGUCCUCGCCGCCCGGCGUGGGCAUGAGCGGCACCUACACCACCCUGACGCCGCUCCAGCCCCUGCCGCCCAUCUCCACCGUCUCCGACAAGUUCCACCACCCGCACGCCCACCACCACCACCACCACCACCACCACCACCACCACCACCAGCGCCUCUCGGGCAACGUCGGAGGCGGCUUCGCCCUCAUGCGGGACGAGCGCGGGCUGCCCGCCGUCAACAACCUCUACGGGCCCUACAAGGAGAUGCCCGCCAUGGGGCAGAGCCUCUCGCCGCUGGGCAACGGGCUGGGCCCCCUCCACAACGCCCAGCAGAGCCUCCACGGCUACGGGCCGCCGGGCCCCGAGAAGAUGCUCGGCCCCAACUUCGACGCCGUGCUGGCGCGGGGGGAGCAGCACCUCCCGCGGGGGCUGGGGACCCCCCCCGCCAUGCUGCCCCACCUGAACGGCAUGCACCCCCCCCCCCCUCCCGGCCCCCCGCCGCCCCCCGGGCCCGCGCUGCCCGCCGCCCGCGACCGCCCGCCCUCCUCCUCCUCCUCCUCCUCCUCCGCCGCCGGCGCGCAGGUGAGCGGCUCGGGGCAGCUGGAGGAGAUCAACACCAAAGAAGUGGCACAAAGGAUCACGGCGGAGCUGAAGCGCUACAGCAUCCCGCAGGCCAUCUUCGCGCAGCGGGUGCUGUGCCGCUCGCAGGGGACCCUCUCGGACUUGCUGCGGAACCCUAAACCCUGGAGUAAACUCAAAUCCGGCCGGGAGACCUUCCGGAGGAUGUGGAAGUGGCUGCAGGAGCCGGAGUUCCAGAGGAUGUCGGCCCUGCGGCUGGCAGCCUGCAAACGCAAAGAGCAAGAGCCCAGCAAAGAGCGGAACAACUCCCAGAAGAAAUCCCGCCUGGUUUUCACGGACCUCCAGCGCAGAACGCUUUUCGCCAUCUUCAAGGAGAACAAGCGCCCUUCCAAAGAAAUGCAGAUCACCAUCUCCCAGCAGCUGGGCCUGGAGCUCACCACCGUCAGCAACUUCUUCAUGAACGCCCGGCGGCGCAGCCUGGAGAAGUGGCAGGACGACCUGAGCUCCGGGGGCUCCUCCUCGGCCCCCAGCACCUGCACCAAAGCGUGACGGGGAGCGGCCGGCGCGGCGCGGCGGCGAGCGGCUUCGCAGCGGGGCCCUUCACUGGUGACUUAAAGCACAAUCCUCCCGGAGCCGAGCCCCAGCCCGGCUGUAACACAGGACCCUUCUUACGGCUUUUAGUCAGUCUUAGCAGGCGCAAGUUUAAAAUUAACCUCUUCUAUUACAAUACUAUGCUCAGGACAGGCGAAGCAGGUCUGAAACGUAGGGGAGGGCGUUCGCGAGGCGAGUUUCUCCUGAGCCCCGAAGAGCCCCGGGCGGCGCGGUGCCGCUGCCAGCCUGGGCAACCCGCCCGGGCCCGGCGCUUGCCACGUGAGAACGGAGCACAAAGUCUGACACGUAGACACUAGAGAACCCGAGAACCCGUUUUUACAACUCAGGCAUGGUUUAUGUUAAGUGUUUUAGGGGAAAAAAAAAAAAAAAAAAAAAAGAAAACGAUCAAAU